UGCACGUGGAAGAAAUUCACAGGGUAAAAAAAUAACAGGAAUUGAGUCUAUGCCAGGAACUCUUCCUGGUCAAGACAAAUUAUUGAUAAGCUCGAAUGAUUCAAGGAUUAGAUUAUAUAAUAUGCGUGAUAAGUCUUUGGAAUACAAAUAUAAAGGACUUGAAAACACUUGUAGUCAAAUCCGUGCUACGUUUAGUGAUGACGGCCGUUAUAUUAUAUGUGGUUCUGAAGACAGACAUGUAUAUAUAUUUAACACAGAUCAAUCUCGUAUAAAUUCACAUCAUGGAGGUGGUAGUAGCUGGUUAAAAAAAGAAAAGUGUGGUUAUGAAAGUUUUGAAUCACACGCUGCUAUAGUAACAGUCGCCAUAUUUGCACCUACCCGUACAAAACAGUUAAUUAGUCUUUGCGGUGACCCGAUCUUUACACAUACUGUUAAUAACGAAACUCCAGCUAAUCAAACCUACCCUGAUGGCAAUAUAAUUGUUUGUGCUGAUUACACUGGAAGUAUAAAAAUUUUUAGACAAGAUUGUGCUUAUUAUCCUUCUCACGAUUCUGAUUCGAUUUCUUUUAGAAGCACAAGUAAUUUAAGUGCAGAUAUUUCAAUUAAUGGUGAUAAUGAAAAACAGUUUCAAUGUUCCUGUGGGUCAACGGAUUUUAAGGCUUUUGUCAAAGAUGGUACACCUAAAUUGGUUUGUGCAAGUUGUAAUAAGACAACUUAA